AUGAUUUUUUUUCGACAUCCUAACUAUUCCCUCUUGCAUUCUUUGAUUCCAAAGACUCUCCUGUCAUUCAGAAUUCUGAGGAUGCAAGACAAUGACGAACCAAAUCGCCAAAAUCCCUCAUCGAAGAAGCUAGACCUCAUCAUCCCUCUCUAUCAGGAUAAAAAACUGCGAAUCUCAUCCGAGGACAACCAUGAAGAAUUGCCAAAGGACCCUAAUUUAUGGGACGAUUAUAGGACGAUCUUUUUGAAACUGGAAGUCAUCGAUGUCGAUAGUGAAUGA